AUGACCUUGCCAAUCAGUCUUAUCGUCCUCUCCAUCUUGUCGAUGUCACCGCCAGUUUCCGGCUUCAUGCAAAACCCCUACAUUCCUUACACCUUCGACACUGCACCAAACGGUAAUCCAUUCGUCCCAAAAGCUACCAAUGACAUAAACAUCCCCAAUCCGGAGCAUGUACAGUUCAUUGUUUGUAUCUCAUUUGACGGGCUUCAAGAACUGUUGCAGGAAAACGGAGUUCAAGGGGUAUAUCUACCAUCACGAGAUGGAUGUAUAACACUCUGCCGCGUUGAUCAACCUUUCGGUCUUGCCUAUUUCUCAGAACAUGCAAAGUCCUGUUACUGCGCACCCAAAGAACAACAUCCGAUGAUAAAGUGGGUGGUAGGUGGAGUGGAUGAUGAAGGGAAUUGUGGUGGAUGGGAUGAUGUGUCUAUCGAUUACUUAAAUCUCCCUUGGAUCUUUCACGGUUGUUACUCCUCCCUCUGGUCCACACCGUAUCGAACCGAAAUCGUUUCUGACCCGAUAGAAUGCGUCAACAGCUGUCAGACUUGGGAUGGAAGUGUCGCUAUGAUCCCUCGAGUGGAAGGUGAUGGAUGGUUAUGUGCAUGUUUUGAAGACCCGACAGAAGGUGUGAUAGGUAGACAAUGUGGGUUCGGAAUUUGGCAAGGUUAUUUUAGGAAAUUGAAAUAUGUCAGAUGA